AUGAGUUAUCCAACGGAGAACAGUACACCUGUUGUACAUCAGCCUACAGCAAUACAGGAACCUGCAUUUGAAAGAGAAUGGACCACCGGUCUCUGUGCCUGUUUAGAAGAUCUGCCAACAUGCUGUUUAGUUUUAUUUUGUCCACACUGCUAUAUGUGCUAUAUAUACAGAAAAGAAGGUGAAUCAUGCUUGCUUCCAAUAUUCGGUGCCGGGAUUUUGCCGUUACGUAUCAAGCAUCGUAUUAUGCAUCGAAUAAUGGGAACUUUGUUGAAUGACUUCUGUAUUUCAUGCUUUUGUGCACCAUUAGUUGUUUGUCAACUAAAACGUGAUUUAGACAACGUCAGAUCAAACAGAAUCGAUGUUUAA